AUAACUUUAAUAAAUAAAACGAAAUCUCAUUGAUUAACUAAAUGAAUAAAGAUUGACUAGACAUUCCGAAUAUUUACCUACCAGUAAAAUUACCAGCAUCCUUUGCACCCACGUGCGUUUGAAACCAACAUGGCGGUCGGCGGAGCAGAAGAGCAUUUUGCGAAGAAGUUGGCGCAUAACGACAAGAGAAUACGCGACAGAACGGUUAGACGGCUACAGGCUUGGAUAGCAAGUCGCAAACAGGAUGGUGUUGGUUUCAAAGAGCGAGACCUAUUAAAAAUAUGGAAAGGUCUCUUUUAUUGCUUCUGGAUGUCAGACAAGCCGCUAGUACAGGAAGAACUGGCUGAAAGCAUCUCAAGUUUGAUUCACAGUUUUAGGAACAAAGAUUCAGCGUUGCUGUUUCUUGUCACAUUUUUCAAGACAAUGCACAGAGAGUGGCAUGGUAUUGAUCGUUUGAGAAUGGACAAAUUUUACAUGCUUGUGAGGAUGAUGGUCAAGCAGAUGUUUGUUAUGAUGAUAAAAAACAAAUGGGAGCCAAGUCUUUGUGAUAGAGUCUGUGCGAAUCUAAAAGAAGGUCCUCUUCACCCAACUGCAGAGAAGGUCCCAGUUGGUAUGAGGCUGCAUUUGGCCAGUAUCUACUUAGAUGAACUGAAGAAUACUUCUGAAUGCCAGGUCCCAGAAAAAAUGACACUAAAGCUUCUAGAGCCAUUUUUAAAUCUUGCUGCUUUUACCAAAAACCAAGUUAUCUUCAGUGCUGUCAAGACUGGGGUGUUGGAUUCUAUCUACAGUUCUCAACAGAACAUUAAAACAAACACAGAAAACAACAAUGAUGAGGCUGAGGAGAAAGACCUGGAAAUUGACUGUUUGGCUUUGGCAGAUAAGCUUUUCGCAGUAGCUAGUGACAGAGAAGUAUUGUCAAGAAAUAGGCAUGUCCUGUAUUCAUUUGUUAAAAGAUUCAAGAAACUGAAGUCUGGACACACAGGUCAGCCGAAUUUAAAUGUUGAUUCUAUGAGUGAUAGUAAUGCAGAUAUGGAGACUGGAGUGAAAAGAAGACAAGAAACUCAAGAGGUGGAAGUGAGCGAAGAAGUUCCAAAGAAAAAAAGAAAAAAGAAACAAAAGGUUGUUUCCAAUACCUCAGAAAAGGAUUUAAAUAACGAUGACAUAUCAGAGAUGGCGGGUAAAGAGGCAGCACUAAGUUCUCAAAAAAUGAAUGCAAAUAAUUUAGAAAUUCUAGUAGAUGGUGAUUCCCAAAGCUCUUUAGAAGCUCAAAGGGAUACAGGACAUAAGAACAGUAAAGUUUCUAAGAGGAACAAGAGAAAACAACAGAAGGAUUCGGUACUAGAGAAUGGAGUUUCUGAUAGCCAUAAAUCAGAAACAGAAGCAUGCUUAAGUACUAGGGACAUUGUCAUGGAAGAUGAUAACGCACCAAAGCAGUCGGAUGGCGCCAAAGAAGAGAAACCAAAAAAGAAACAGAAAAUAAAUGGCAAAUCUGAAUUCUCUGAAUCAAAAACUGACAGCCCAAUGAAAGAGUCUGUCACUGAAGUGGAGGCAAAGGCAGAUGUUCCAGAGGUUGAUGGGUUUGUGAAAGCCAUCAGAGAUAAGAUUUCUGACAAGCAGGAUGAACCUAAGGCUGCUAGCAAAACUCCGACUAAAUCCAAGAGUCUUUCUAAACCCAAGACGCUUGACGACAUUCCCUUUGCCUUUUUCAAAAAGACAAAUACGACACCUAAGGCUUACGUAAAGAAACAAGUGCCGCUAACAGAACCGAAGAAAGGGAGCAAGCAAGAGAAAGUUCCUGUGUGCCCAGAUUCCGCGCCACAGGGAUCCCGCAAAAAGGUCCGGAUCGCGUUGUCAAAAAACACCGCCCACACUCAUCAAGAUUAUGCCAACAGCCUAAAGGAAAGCCCCACCAUUCCAUUUGAUGCAGAACGAAGCCCGUCGUUUGGUUUAUUGAAAGCCAAAUCUGUCCUAACCCCCUCCCCGAGCGCACCUGCCCGCAAUACAAGGUCUCAAAGAAACAGACCGAAUGCCUCCGACUUCUUCUGAAAUGUUACAUGUUUGUAAUAUGCCAAUAGGAAGCCGGGUAUAGCCCUAUGAUUGGCACUAGCGAUUCUAAAGUGGAAAUAGGGACAACAAGGCUAACGGCAAGUCUGGCAAUGCUGAGAAAAACACUUCCAAACUAGUUUCAAUGAAAGUAGCUAGACUCUUUGCUCAGAAACAGACAAAAUUAGCUGAAAACCUACUGCAAAGCAAACAGAAAGACGAGCUUAUUGUCCAAACGUUCACGUCAUUGUUAGGACAGUAAAACCUUGAAUCUCACGUCGUGGUUUUAGAAAGGUUAAAACAUAUUUGACACAACGCACUUCAACGUGCGAUGUUUAAACGUUUUGAAACUCCAUCUCUCUACCGUCACCAUUCUUGUUACCGUGUUCGUAUUUUUUAGUCCCUCAUAAUAGCAGCACCCGAACUGAUAACAGCAUUUUUAUGACAAUAGCUCAUAGUUCACAAGUUAGGCUUAGUUCAAACGUCGUAUUAUCCAUUAGCCGUAUUCAAUGCAAAUGCAUGCAAAUGAAUCGAGUCGAUUGUUUCUUCUUCAUUUGCGUGCAUUUGCAUUGAAUACGGCUCAUGGAUAAUACGACGUUUGAACUUAGCAUUAGACAAAAAGCUUAUAUUAUAUUAAACAUUUUUAUACUCUAGUGAUAUGAAUUCGUAAGUUAUUCUCAAUCUUGCUAGUGCGCCAGAAACCACCUCUCGCGAACCUGGUGCGUGAAGAUUAGCAUUAUCCAAACUCUUACUCUUCUUUUACUGUGAUACUGAAAUAUGGAAUUUAACCCACCCAACAUUUCUCGCGGUAAUGCCUAGUUUGAAAAGGGCGGAAUCUGCCCAAUAAUGAGAAGGGGUCCAGCAGCAUCGGGGAGCUGCUUUCCUGGAUGAUGUUUGCCCUGGUAUACCAAUUUACAAAUAAUUUAAGGUUUUUUUUCUAAUUUUAGUUCAUUGUGAUAAAGGAUAUUAGCCUGUCCAACCCAAUUAAGUCGGGAUUUAAGUCGGCUAUGCCUUGUUACUGACUGCAAGGUCGCGGUUUUACUUUGCUGUUCUUAGACGUGAUAAAAGAAUAAAGAAAUUCUUUUA